UAAUUGUUUUUUUUUGUUUUUGUUUUUUUUACCUGUGACGUAACUAGAGAGUAUAAUAAGAGUGGGAGGACUGAUAUGUGUAGCACAUUUUAACUUUUGUGUAAGCGCUGAAACUUCGAUCGGAUAAUGUCCAGUGAUUCUGCAGAUUAUAACAGAGACAGAGAGCAUGGGGGCCCUGAAGGAAUGGAGCCUGAUGGUGUCAUUGAGAGCAACUGGAAUGAGAUUACAGACAAUUUUGAUGACAUGAACUUGAAGGAGAUGCUCCUUCGUGGAAUCUACGCUUAUGGGUUUGAGAAACCAUCAGCCAUUCAGCAGAGGGCAAUCAUUCCAUGCAUUAAAGGUUAUGAUGUUAUCGCUCAGGCUCAGUCAGGGACUGGCAAGACAGCCACGUUUGCUAUCUCCAUCCUGCAGCAGUUAGAUUUAGAACAGAAGGAGACCCAGGCCAUGGUGCUGGCUCCUACCAGAGAGCUGGCCCUACAGAUUCAGAAAGUAAUCCUGGCACUUGGUGACUAUAUGGGUGCCACAUGUCAUGCCUGCAUCGGGGGCACGAAUGUGCGAAACGAGAUGCAAAAACUCCAAGCCGAGGCAUACCACAUAGUGGUCGGGACACCGGGUCGUGUGUUUGACAUGUUAAACAGAAGAAUUCUGUCUCCUAAAUGGAUCAAGAUGUUUGUUUUGGAUGAAGCUGAUGAAAUGCUAAGUCGUGGAUUUAAGGAUCAGAUCUAUGACAUUUUUCAGAAGCUAAGCACCGACAUUCAAGUCGUGCUUCUUUCUGCCACGAUGCCCAUUGAGGUUUUGGAAGUGACCAAAAAGUUUAUGCGUGAGCCUGUUCGCAUCCUUGUGAGAAAAGAGGAGCUUACUCUGGAGGGUAUCAAGCAAUUCUACAUAAAUGUGGAACAAGAGGAGUGGAAGUUAGACACACUGUGUGACCUGUACGAGACUCUGACAAUCACCCAGGCUGUGAUCUUCCUCAACACCAGGAGGAAGGUGGACUGGCUUACCGAGAAGAUGCACGCUCGUGACUUUACUGUCUCUGCUUUGCAUGGAGACAUGGAUCAGAAGGAACGUGACGUGAUUAUGAGGGAGUUCCGAUCGGGAUCCAGCAGGGUGCUGAUCACUACGGAUUUGCUGGCUCGUGGCAUUGACGUGCAGCAAGUAUCUCUAGUCAUUAACUAUGAUUUACCCACCAACCGAGAAAACUACAUUCACAGAAUUGGACGUGGCGGCCGUUUUGGCAGGAAGGGUGUCGCUAUAAACUUUGUCACCGAGGAGGACAAGAGGAUUCUUCGAGACAUUGAGACUUUUUACAACACUACAGUUGAGGAAAUGCCACUGAACGUGGCUGAUCUGAUUUAAAUAGCUGAGCUGGUUGCUUGUAAUGCACUGCUCACCGCUGUUCAGUCAAACAGAGGCGUAUUGUCAUUAUUUAAUCAGAAACAAUCUUUAAAAGGACAAUAAUAAAAAAAACAAUAAUUACAUUUUGAGGUCUUAUUGCUGAAUGUGGAGUGCUCAAAGUCUCCUCCUUUAUGAGCGGACUGACUGGUUAUGAUACACACAUGGGUGCUUUAAAAUGAUUCCUUCAUAGUUAUUUUUUCUAGUCCAAUUAAUGUGUGUACUUGAUGCUUGUUAUCAUUUCACGAUACAGUAUACAUGUGAAAUAAGAGGCUAUGCAUAAUAUAACAUCUGCAUUUAUUGUAGCACAAGGGCCAAAUUUCCUGGCCGUACUAAAUGAUAUAAGAACUUUAUCUUACAUUAUUUUACGCUUGUAUUAAAGCUACUGUAUUAUUUAUAACCGUCAUGUGGUGCAAGUUUGAUAAGCAGUUGUUUAGAAAUAUUGAUAAGCACUUUGUUGUUUGUGAAAUGUAUUUAAACAAUCUGGAAAAUAAACGUUUGCUGAUGAGUUUGUGAAGCA